AUGGGGAACAGCCCCUCGGUGCCCUGCCCACUGCGGCGCCCACUGCCGCUCCCCCACUACCCAAUCCCACUGCCCCAAUCCAUCAACUUGUUCUCACUCUCCGAUCCCCCUGAUGCGUCCACUACCCCAUCCCAAUGCCCCAUCCCACUGCCCCAUCCCACAUCCCCCAGUGCUCUGUCACCAUCCACCACCCCGUUCCCACGCCUACAACACAUUGCUCCGCCCACUGCCACGCCCGCACAGCACAAUCCCUCUACCUCUGGACCUCUGGGCCAUCACUCCCCCAACUCACUGCUGCCCGCAUCCCCCCCAACUCACUGCCGCCCCGCACUGUUCGACUCACCACGGUCCCGCCCUAUAGCCCCUCCUACUCUCCUGUCCCCAACGCCCCAACAUCCACUGCCACAGCCACUGUCUCCACCAUCUGGCAGCCUGAGGUACCAUAGCUUCUUCCCUACCUCUCCACCCCACCCAUCUGCUCUGACCAGUGCUGCCAGUGGGGAAUUAUGUGCCUCCUGCGCCAGUCACUUCUGCCCCGGUGAAUCUGAACUCCUGGACCAACGUUUCACCGUCCACACCCAUCGCACCCUGAGGCCACACCCACUGUACUAUGAAACCACGCCCAUCAUCCAAAACACCAGACUCCUCGUUCCUGAGACCACGUUCCUAGGGCAGACUGUACUAAGGCACACCCGCUUCACACCAUUUCUACCCAUAGAACGGAAGCCUAAUCUUUGCCCACCCUCUGCCUUCCUGGAGGUGGUGGCCAGGGGAGACCUAGUGUCCAGGCUGUUCCAGGAGACACAGCCCCAGACCUUCAUGCCCUGGGUGGAACUGAAUGAUGAGUCCUGGCAUUGA